GAAAUUUCGAUAUUACCAUAUUUACCAUUUAUGUUUUCGAUAUUACCUUAUAUCACCAUUUCGGUAUUACCAUAUUUACCAUUUGUGUUUUCGAUAUUACCUUAUAUCACCAUUUCGAUAUUACCAUAUUUACCAUUUAUGUUUUCGAUAUUACCUUAUAUCACCAUUUCGGUAUUACCAUAUUUACCAUUUGUGUUUUCGAUAUUACCUUAUAUCACCAUUUCGAUAUUACCAUUUCGAUAUAUAUUACCAAAUUCCGAUAUUACCAUUUUCGAUAUUACCACACUAUUUCCACAAUUUUUUAAAAUUGUUAGC